AUUUUUUUUAAAUCUGAACUGAAUAGAGAACAGAGAUGUAAUUAGUCAUCACUUGUGGAAGUGUACUACUCUGUAAUGAACACCAAGUGGCGCUCUAACCUUUUGCUUUAUUUGUGACAAUUAAAGACCCCUCAGGAAAUGUUUGCCUUGUUAAACGAAGACUCUUUUAGACAUUUGCCAAUUUAACAAAAGGUCUUUACGCUUUAAAUAGUCAUAAACUCUGGAUUCUAUUGUCACAUCAUUAAAAUGCAGGCCUUUCAAAUGAACAAAAUCCAGCUGUGUUGGGAAAAAAUAUCUUAAAAAAUACAAUUAAUGAAUGAAUUACCCAUUGAAACGAAACAGUGCUUAAGUUUUCCUGCAGAGUGCAUUGAUUUAUUCAGGUUUGAACUCUCUGGUGUUGAGGGAUAUUGUUUUAUCACUUAUACAGGCAGAUUUAUUUAUGUAUUUUAAUAAAAAUGCUGAGUAUCAAGCCUUGAGGAAAUUUACCACAAUAAAAGAUGAAGCGUUUCAGCAUUAAAACAUGAAUUCUGUGAUAAUCUGGAUGACCUGGACGAUGGAUAACUUUCCCAGACAAAUUGCCAAUUCAGAGCACAUGUGCCAAACUUCAGUUUUUUUUUUUUCCUUUUUAAUACUUUUGAAAAUCUAAUUCAUUUCAAUCAAAACAAAAGGUACAGAGAGCUAUUCAUGUGGAUGAUGUGUUUAUGGGGUCGCAAUUACCUUUUUUGCGAUCCCAGCACAGGAGCAGGCCUGUGCUUUCACUGAGUUAAUUAAAACGCCCCCCUGAUUGGACGGACAGAUAAUCCCGGCGGGCAGCGCGCGCUCCUACUAAGUUGCGCGCGGGGCAGAGCGCCAGUCACAAUCUGCCCAAGGCGAGGGAGGGCGACAGAUAAACGACUGUAAAGGGGACACGGGCGCUCAAGUCUCGCCCAACACAAUUAGACAAGUGUUGUUGAACGUGGGCUAUGCGCGCAACAAGGAGGGAGCGCGGCGCUCAGAGGAGGUGAACGCGUGCAAAGGUUCAGACUCAGACCCACAGCCUCCUUCCUGAAGAGUCACAGCGCGAACAAGAGCAGGAGUGACAGGAACUUCCAGAAGAAGAACAAGAAGAAACUCCUGCACAGAACUCCUCCGCAAUUCUGACACCAAAAACUUGAGCAGAGGGACGAGAGGAGCCUUUUCCUGGUCGGAACCUGCUGUGGAAGAGAAAAUGAAUGUUAGCGAAGAGAAUCUGCUCAAGUCCAUCAGCAACGACGCGCUCCUCGACCUGACACAGCGGUACGGCCAGUCAGCCUUCGGCUUUGGCGCUGGCCAUGGUGCUGGAAGUCCCGGCCGGUACCCGCUCACACCGGCCACCGACUUCCUGUCGGGGCAGAAAGCGAAGUCCAACGAGAGCGGAGGGGAGCACACGAGCGACGACGAGGACGGCUUUGACACGCUGGAGUCCCGGAAGAGGGGGUCCUCCUUCGGUGAUGAGAAGCCCGGGGGGCCCCUUGCCAAAAAAACGAAGGAGCAGCGGUCUCUGCGGCUCAGCAUCAACGCCCGCGAGAGGAGGAGGAUGCACGACCUGAACGACGCGCUGGACGGCCUGCGCGCCGUCAUCCCGUACGCCCAUAGCCCCUCGGUGAGAAAACUCUCCAAAAUAGCCACUCUCCUCUUGGCUAAGAACUACAUCCUGAUGCAGGCUCAAGCUCUGGAGGAGAUGAGGCGGCUGGUUGCGUACCUGAACCAAGGACAGAGCAUCACCUCGCCAAUCCCCACGGCUCUGGCGCCCUUUGGACAGGCUGCCGUUUACCCGUUCACGGGCUCUGCGCUCGCCACCUGUGCCGAAAAGUGCAGCACGUUUUCCGGGACACCAUCUAGUCUGUUCAAACACUGCAACGACAAGCCUUGAUUUAACUUUGACUCACUUUGCUGAACUUUACCUGUACUGCUCCCCCAAUGUCUCCUGUUAUUUCAAAAAACUUCAUUUGUGGAAAAUAAAAUAGUCAGAUGCUUAAAUUUAAGUUGGUUAAGUGAUCAUACUGCUUCGUUUCCUCCAGAUUGAACAAACUGCUGCAGAGAUAAACUGUGUUGGCCUUGUUUUUGACGUCGUGGCGCUUUUCAAAUCGUCAGUUUGACACAAUUCCGAGAAGCUGUUGUUAUCCUUUUGCAAUCUAUGCAACAAUCAAAACGAAAACGAGAAAAUCCGGCCUGAUCUUGUUAUUAUUAAGAUUAGAUUCCCGUGACUGACUUUAUGAUGUGAGGCCAAAUUAUGAUGUGGUGUUUUUUUCUUCUUCCUUUUUUUCGGAUAAAGUGUGUUUGUUUGUUUGUUUGGAUUUAUGGCGCUUUUUACAUGAUUGUAUGGUCAUUUAACAUGAAGGAAAUUUUUCUUCCUAUAGAUCCACAUACAUACCGAUUACAUAAGUUGAGCCUGGUUCUGUUGUAACAUGGAUUUCAUAUAUUGUUUAUAUGUAUUUAUAAUUAAAACACUAAUAUCUAGGCUCAGACCCUGAUUGCUUUUAUUUUAGCAACACCUUUAUGCACCACGUGUGAGAGGCAAAAUGAAUGUGAUUAUUUAUUUAUUUAUACUCCAAAGUUACGUUUAUAUUUUGAUCUUUCCAAAAUGCAGUAUGCCCCCUUUAAAAGAGGAGAUAGAUGGGUUAGUGGGGCCCUGCGUCCACGUGCCAGGGUCGGUGGCAAUGAGCGGAAAGGGUGAAAGACCUGCCUGGGGCACCCAUGACCUGUCUCUGGAUAUUUAGGUGAUUGCAGGCUUCCUUGGCGGGCUCUUACACUAGACAGCUAUUAACACGAUUUCUGCUGCUGUCUCUUUGGGAGACUUAAUUCAAUGAACGGUACAGAGAGACGCUUUUCAUUUGCAGGUUGAGCAGUGAAAGCUUUAGAAAAACAAAUUGCAAUUUGGAUGAUAAAAAAGACAUAUUUACAUCCUCAAAAAAUACAUUGUUUGUAAGUUUAUGAGUUUAUACAUGUUAAUAGGUUAUUGUAAAGUCAAAUCAAACAAAUGUACAAAGAAAAUCCUAAUUUGACCAUUGUUUUCUUGCUUUUUUCUGUUACUACUAAAUAACCCUCCAACUGCAUACUCUACAAAAAAUAUUUAGUGCAUAUCCUGUACAAUAAGACUACAUGGGGAUUAUCUGUUGCAUAUUGACUGAUAUUUGUUUUAAAUCACUGCAAUAAAAUAGAUUAAAUUAUCAAA